UGAUUAACCGAGAUUAAUUUCGAUCAUAUGACAGUUGGGUGUAUUUGGGUCGAAAGAGUUAGAAAGAUUGUGUUCUAUCUAACUACCAAUACUUCCAAAGAUGAAGGGUUGUCUUUUCAAUAUCGAUGCUGGAUAUCUAGAGGGUUUAUGUAGGGGUUUCAAAUGUGGAAUCCUCAAACAAUCUGAUUAUUUAAAUUUGGUACAAUGUGAAACACUUGAAGACUUGAAAUUGCAUCUUCAAGGGACUGAUUAUGGUACCUUUUUGGCGAAUGAACCCAGCCCUUUGGCAGUCUCAACAAUUGACAACAAACUUCGAGAGAAACUUGUCAUUGAAUUUCAACAUAUGAGGAAUCAAGCUGUGGAGCCCCUUUCCACUUUUUUGGAUUUCAUAACAUACAGUUACAUGAUUGAUAAUAUCAUUCUCCUUAUUACUGGUACCCUCCAUCAGAGGCCAAUUAGUGAAUUGAUCCCCAAAUGCCAUCCCUUAGGAAGUUUUGAACAGAUGGAAGCUAUACAUGUUGCUUCAACUCCUGCUGAACUUUACAAUGCUGUUCUUGUUGAUACCCCUUUGGCCCCAUUCUUUGUUGAUUGUAUUAGUGAGCAGGAUUUGGACGAAAUGAAUAUUGAAAUUAUUCGUAAUACUUUAUACAAAGCUUAUCUAGAAGCUUUCUAUCAAUUCUGCCAAGAUAUAGGUGGUACAACUGCUGACUGUAUGUGUGAGAUUUUGGCUUUUGAAGCUGAUCGUCGGGCUAUCAUAAUAACAAUUAAUUCUUUUGGCACUGAAUUGAGCAAAGAUGAUCGUGCAAAGUUGUACCCCCGUUGUGGGAAGUUGAAUCCUGAUGGUUUGGGUGCUUUAGCAAGGGCUGAGGACUAUGAUCAAGUAAAAGCAGUCGCUGAGUAUUAUGCUGAGUAUUCCAAACUAUUUGAAGGCUCAGGAAACAACCCAGGGGAUAAAACUUUGGAGGAUAAAUUUUUCGAACAUGAGGUACGUCUGAAUGUGAAUGUUUUCAUGCAACAGUUCCAUUUUGGGGUUUUCUACUCUUACCUCAAACUCAAAGAACAAGAAUGCCGCAACAUUGUUUGGAUAGCAGAAUGUGUAGCUCAAAAACACAGAGCUAAGAUUGAUAAUUACAUUCCAAUAUUUUAAGAGAUAUGUAAGUGUAAAUAGAAAGUUGGUUUUCAAAAGUUGUAAACAAAUAGAAAAUACUUUUUUCGUUUUAAAGACAGUCUAGACAGUAGCACCAACUUUUCUUUUAUCUAGGAUUGGUUAUGAACCCAAUCUUUCUCUUCUACAAUUGAAAAGAGCAAAAUUAUUUGAAGUUGAGUCAAUGUUCAUUGACUAAAUUCCUAACAGAGCAAAGAUUUUUCAUCCAGUUAUGAUCUCUGUAUGUGAAUUUUCAAUGGAAUACGUUGAUUACACCUUCUUGAGCAUAUAACUUUCAAAAUAGCUCUUUUUCAAACUAAUUUGUAUAUACUUUUCAUUGGAUGGAAUCAUUACUCCUGUUAUAGAUAUUGAUAUUAUAAUAUUUUAACCUGAAUCAAUGAGGAAGAUUUUAUGUUAAUUGUCUUUAUAUAUAUGAUAUACGAAUCUA